AUGGACAGUCGGCAGCACAACGCCACCAAGGAGCCCGAGAUUGAGCUGUUUGUGAAGGCUGGUCUGGAUGGAGAAAACAUCGGAAACUGCCCUUUCUGCCAACGCCUCUUCAUGGUGCUUUGGCUCAAAGGGGUCAAGUUCAACGUCACCACGGUGGACAUGGCCAGGAAACCCGAAGAGUUGAAAGAUUUAGCACCGGGCACCAACCCACCGUUCUUGCUGUUCAACAAGGAGCUGAAAACAGACUUCAUCAAGAUUGAGGAGUUCCUGGAGCAGACCCUGGGUCCACCCACGUAUCCACACCUGAGCCCCAAAUACAAGGAGUCCUUUGACGUGGGCAGUGACAUCUUUGCCAAGUUCUCAGCAUACAUCAAGAACCCACGCAAGGAAGCAAACAUCAAUUUUGAGAAGGCCCUGCUGCGGGAGUUUCAGCGCCUGGAUGCCUACCUGAACACUCCUCUCCCAGAGGAGAUUGACCAGGACAGUGUGGAGGACAUCACUGUCUCCAAAAGGAAAUUCCUGGAUGGAGACCACCUGACACUGGCUGAUUGCAAUCUCCUGCCCAAACUGCACAUCAUCAAGAUUGCAGCCAAAAAGUACCGUGACUUUGAGAUCCCAGAGGACAUGACGGGUGUCUGGCGCUACCUCAACAACGCCUAUGCCUGCGAUGAGUUCAAUCACACCUGCCCUGCGGAUGAGGAGAUCGAGCAUACCUAUGCCAGUGUUGCUAAGAAGAUGACCUAA